AUAACCUCGAAGGCUUCUAUAUCCGACAAAACAACAGCUUCCGUCACGACAAAAGAAUAAUAGUGAAAACUUUUGCAUUGUGAUUAAUUGAAGGUCUUCGUUUAUCUUGGUAAAGUUUUUUUAAAUCAGCGUUAGCAUAGUAGGAAGCAGUCUAGAUUUACGAGCUAAUUUAGCUAGCUUGCUAGCUGGUGUCAAAAGUGUCGCCAGCUGAUCAGUGUUAAACAUGCCAGUGCAUUUUAAAGUUGGAGACUAGCUUGUUCGGUAACGGUUAAUUGUACAUUUUGCCCAUUGAGAGUCUUACAGCUCUGCUUUCAUAGCUCGCUAUUGUCGAUACUAUGGCUCCUAUGGGCAUUCGCUUGUCCCCCCUUGGAGUUGCUGUGUUUUGCUUACUUGGAGUCGGUGUGAUCUACCACCUUUACGCGGGGGUGAUAUCGAAUAGACUAUCCGCUUUCAGGCAGAAAAUUACUGAAGAUACAGUCGAUCUAAGAGACCUCCUAGCUUUGUCAGUAGAAGCUGCUAUACAAGGUGGGCGCGAGGUGAAGCGAAUUCGCGAGGACAACACACUGGAGGAGAGGUCGAAAGGGAAAACGAAGGAGGGUGCCAGUGAAAAACUCACUUUGGGAGACCUGAACUCCCACAGAAAAAUGUACUAUCUGAUAAAGAACACAUAUCCCACCUUACAGGUAAACUCAGAGGAGCACGAUCAGGCAGAGGGCGAGUUGACCAAGUGGGAUGGCAAGAUCAGCAGUGAGAUCCUUGAGAAAGUCAAAGCUGGCAAAAAGGUGCCUGCAAAAAGUAUCACAGUGUGGAUCGACCCACUGGAUGCCACUCAAGAGUACACAGAAAACCUUCGGCAGUAUGUCACAACCAUGGUUUGUGUGGCCAUUGAUGGUAGCCCUGUCAUAGGUGUGAUCCACAAGCCUUUCACAGGGUAUACAGCUUGGGCCAUUGUCGGUGAGGAAUCAAACGUGAAGCCUCGCGCAUCCUACAGCUCCAGUGCACCCAAGUUCAUCGUAUCACGCUCUCAUGCGGGCAAGGUGAAGUCGUUUGUCCACGAGGCUUUUGGGAACAAUACAGAAGUUACUCCAGCAGGGGGCGCAGGUUACAAGGUGCUUGCACUCCUGGACGCGACUGAUGAUAAAUAUGAGCAGGCCGAUGUGUACAUCCAUGUCACGUUCAUCAAGAAAUGGGACAUUUGUGCCGGCAAUGCCAUCUUAAAGGCACUGGGUGGUCACAUGACUACUCUUAAAGGAGAGGAGAUAGACUAUUCAGGCUCUGCAGGGAACCCAGGAGGCCUGCUGGCCAGUAUCAAACUGGAUCACAAAGCUCUGGUCAGCAAAUUGCCCAUCUGGGAUGAUAAGAAAUACUCAUAAGAUGUCCAACACACUGAUCAAACUCAACCUCAGUCUCCCAUGCCUUUUUUGUACCAUAGACCUAAAAAGCUCACAGCCCCAGAUGACAAGUGGAGCUCAAUGGUAUCGGUACAAUAACACAGAUGAUUUCUUAGAGGAGAUACCGGGCUGGGUGCCUUUGGCUUGCUGGGAUACUUGGUUAAAUUGUGUCUUGUACUUGCAGAAUGUCUGAAGGUUUUCCUUCACCCGAAGUCUUUAUUUAAGGAUUAUAUGAAGCUAGAGGGACAGGGUUGAAUUAACAGGUACUGAACGCAACUGUUGAACAUCACAGUAGUCAUCUUCAUUCUUAACCAAUAGCCUUACAGAAUUUUGGUUCAGCAGUCCUUCAGUGUUCUUCAUGUCACUCGGAUGUUGUACUGGGGCACUCACUUUUAUGAAAAAUGGUGUAUUAAUAAUGCGUUACAAAUAACUCUUUUUGUUAGGGGUAAAAAUGUAGCUGUGAAGCCAUCAAUAACUUGAACUAGGUUUUCAUGUGCACAAAACUACUUUUUUCGUUCUGUUAAUCAUCUUACAGCACAGAAUCCAUUUUUUUUCUGUUCAGUAUGUUCUGUCAUCAUGGUUUGGUCUCUGGUUUCUUAAUAAUUGUAUGGAUGGUGUAUAGGGAAUUCAGCACUUGUAAAUAUGUAAGGGAGAGAUGUUAUAAAGGGGGAAGCUAGUUGACAUGUUGAGGGUGGGAGGUAAAUCUAAUUUAAGGACUUUUUUGAGAUUUUGGUAUUUUAUUAAGACACGCAGCAAAAGCAUUGUAAAGGGUGGCGCAGUUAGAUAUUGAUAUAACUGUUGAUUCAGACGCCCAUUCACUGUGAUGACUAACUCCAUUGUAUAAACUACAUUUUCAGAGGAGCUAUUUUUGUAAGAACUCCUGUGCUUCAGAUACGCUUCUAUGCUAAGCCCUUGCACUUAGCCAUGGUUGUGUGUCCGUCUGACUCUAAAUGUUACGUUUUAUCUUUUAAAUUAAGUGAUGUGCAUGAAAGUGAAGUAUGGCUGUCACAGGAAACAGCAGUUAAAGAAGAGCUGCAUGCUCCUCAUUCACUAAUGUGUGAUGUCAGAUGUUUAGGCAUGUUCUUUCUUUAUGAUGAAUUAUGUCUGAAUUUCAGCUCUGAGUUGUCAU